AUGGCGGAGCUUAACUUCACCAAGUCAUUCCUCACGGCUCUUGAUUCACGACCUGUGAAGCUUCCCGCCGACUACGUGUUUGAUCCCCAGAGCUUCCCGGCUCCGCAUCCCUUCACUCUCCCCCCCCUUUCCGAUCUCCAUCCUUGCAUGCCAAAGAAGAUAAAACGAGAGGCUAUCCCAGGGUCUUCCAAAUCAAUAGCUAUACAUUUGAAGUCUGCCCGUAAUCCGGUUUUACAUGUUACGUUGGAUAAUCGUACCAUCUCGUCUACGACAGUGAAGGAACUAAAAGAAGCCGUUCAAACAAGGAUACACACCACGACCGAAAACAAUCAGUCUACCAGCGUGCCUCUAGAUAAAAUAAAGAUACUCUGGAAUAAGAAACCCGUUCAGGGGCAGACAUUGACUGAUGUUUUGGGGAAUGAUUAUGCUGCACCAUCUGGCGGACAUGGUAUUGAGUUUGGUGUCAUGGUCCUCGGUGGAGCUGCGCUCGCUCCUGUAGCUUCCAAGGCGGACGAACGGAUUCCCUCGAAGGAACUGUCAGAGCCAUCCCCAACCCCAGCCCCAACCCCUGAUGACCAGAAUCCUGCUCAAAGCUCUCAAACCUAUGCGCACAACGUACUCUCCACGGAGGAGUUCUGGGACGAUUUAGAUACCUUUGUAACGACAAAGUUGAAAGACCCGGAACAGGUAUCUCAGGUUAAAACUAUAUUUAGAAACGCAUGGAUGUCCAAACAGGAGUAG